AUGCUGCACGGCCCCGCCGGCAUGGGGGAGCCGUGGCAGCCGCAGCCGCAGCGGCUGGCCGGGCCCAGCAACGCCUCGGAGGGCAGCGCGGGGCCGCCGGCGGGCGGCUGGCCGGGCACGGCGGCGCCGGGGGGCGGCGGCGGCGGCGGCGGGGGGGCCGUGAGCCCCUGGGACAUCGCGCUGUGCGCCACGGGCACGGCGGUGGCGGGCGAGAACGCGCUGGUGCUGGCCGUGCUCUUCUACACGCCGAGCCUGCGGGCGCCCAUGUUCCUGCUCAUCGGCAGCCUGGCCCUGGCCGACCUGCUGGCGGGGCUGGGGCUGGUGGCCAACUUCGCCGUGCGCUACCUGCUGCGGCCGCCCAGCGAGGCGGCGGAGCUGGGCGCCGCCGGGCUCCUGCUCGCCGCCUUCUCCGCCUCCGUCUGCAGCCUGCUCGCCAUCACCGUGGACCGCUACCUGUCGCUGUACAACGCGCUCACCUACCACAGCGAGCGCACGCUGGGCUUCACCUGCGCCAUGGUGCUGCUGAUGUGGCUGCUGUGCCUCGGCGUGGGGCUGCUGCCCCUCCUGGGCUGGAACUGCCUGCGGGACCAGAGCGCCUGCAGCAUCCUGCGGCCCGUCACCAAGGACAACGCGGCGGUGCUGGCCGUCACCUUCCUGCUCCUCUUUGCCCUCAUGAUGCAGCUCUACCUGCAGAUCUGCAAGAUCGCCUUCCGGCACGCCCAGCAGAUCGCCGUGCAGCACCAGUUCAUCGCCACGGCCCAGGCCACCUCCACCCGCAAAGGGCUCUCCACCCUCUCGCUCAUCCUGGGCACCUUCGCCCUGUGCUGGAUCCCCUUCGCCAUCUACUCCCUGGUGGCAGAUUCCAGCUACCCCGCGGUGUACACCUACUCCCUGGCGCUGCCAGCCACCUGCAACUCCCUCAUCAACCCCAUCAUUUACGCCUUCAGAAACCCAGACAUCCAGAAGUCGCUGUGGCUGGCCUGCUGCGGGUGCAUCCCUUCCACUUUCUCCUCCAGACCAAGGACAUCCAGCGAUGUGUGA